AUGUAUCACCAUCCUAGCUACAAUCAACCUGGCGCCGUUCCUCCACUCCCUCCUCGCAGGGAGUCGGACGGCAGACCACCGUACGUUGCCUUCCCUUCGCCCGGCUCUCAAUACGGGCCAGCACACAGCACCACAGCGCCAUAUCCCACCCCAGCCUAUCCGACUUCAACUUCUUCUCCUUAUGGGUUUGAGAAAGGCUAUCCGCACGGCGACUAUCGCAUCCCUUCCAACAAUGUCUCUUAUCCGUCGUCAACCCCCACCCAUUCUGCUCAUGCGUCGUUUGACUCUACAAAGCUAGCUGAAAUUGAAAAGCAACUUCAACAGGAACGUGAAGAGCGACGGAAAUUGGAAGAUCGCGAAGUUGAACGAAUCAAGUCGAUCUCGCUGCUUGAGAACCAGCUUCGAAGUAUGAAGCUUGACAUGGACCGUACGGCAGAGCGAGCUGGCAUUGUCUCUCAAAUUGAAUCAAAAUUGCAGUUUGAGCAGGAUGAAAAGCGGAAGCUUCAAGAUCGUUUAGCCACUACGGUGCAACUGGAAUCCCGCUUGGACCACGAGCAAUCCGAGCGCCGGCGAUUGGAGGAACAACUGGCCAGCUAUCCUGCUACUAUAGCGGAACUGGAGCGCAAGAUUACGUUGGAGAAGGCGGAUAAAAAGACACUUGAAGAGUGUGUUGCAUCCAUGGCUGCGCUGGAACCAUUGCUGAAGGCUGAACAGGAAGAAAAGCACCGACUUGAAAAGCGCCUCCCCGAAGUGGAGUCGCAAUUACGUGCGAGUCAGAAAGCUCUCACGGAUUUGGGGAUUGCCAAAGCAGAUAUGGAAAGGAAUAUUGAGAGCAAGAACCGAGAGAUUGCUUCGUUGAAGAAGCAACUUGAUCCACAUAGUAUGGACGAGCAACGGAAGAAGUUGGAAGAUGCAAGACUGGAAUUGGAACAACUUGUCAAGGCGAAAGAUGAUGAGAUAUCGAUGUUGAUCGACAAGCUGAACCACGAAGCGUACGAGCGAACGGCCGUAACAGACCAACUCCACCUGUUGCAAAUGCGUUAUGAACCUCACCCGCCACCAGUAGGCGAUGAUAGCGUUUACACAAGACCACCCCCAACCCAACCCUUAGCAGUACCCAAAGGCGUGGACCACGAACUAUGGCAGUUGUUUGUCAUGGUAGAUCCUUACCAGUUGAAGGCGAUAAAUGCUGUGCAACUCCGAGACAUCUUAGUUCACGGGCCUUGGCCAGCACUGGAGUAUUCUACAGUUCAGAUUUUAUAUGCAAUUUACGACAGAUCUGGGACAGGUUUCAAAUUUGAACAAUUCAAUGCUCUGUGGGACCUGAUUCAUGAGUGGCUCGGAGUCUUCCGAGAAUUUGAUCACCACCAAGACGAAACAGAAUUUGGGCACGUUGACAGGAAGGAUCUUCGAAAUGUCUUAAAGAAAUGCGGAAUUGUCACGCCAGAGCGCUCUCUAACGUCACUCUUAACAAAGGGAUAUCAACAAGAACAUCCACUUGGAUGGGAUGAUUUCUUACGAUGCGCGGCAAGACUCAAGAUCAUUAUGGACAUGUUCCAGAAGAUUGAUAUGGAUAAGGUACUAGAGCAUGCUGUCUUCUCUGAGAUGCAGUUUUUGAUUAUGCACGAAAUGCGCAGGACAACUGGAUAACAAUAUCGC